CGCAAAAUUUUGCCGCCAUUUUGUGAUUUUAAAGACGCCUCAUCCUGUUCUCUGGGUUUAUUCCGCGAAAAACAGAAUUUAUAGCAGAGUUGAUAACGAUCUAUUCGUUCUGUGGGACAAGUAUACCCGUUAGAAGGUAAUCUGAAGAAAAUUGAAGCCCGGAAGGCUAAAAUUCAUGCUUGUUUGAAUGAAAUGAGUUUGGUGAAUGCCCCCCUCCCAUAGCCAGAAAUAAGAAAUUAUUUCAGCAAUAUUUCGACGCUUUUAACUCGAAAUCGUGAUGUCUGAGGACGAGGAUUUCGACAUCCCGGCCAGUGACGAUGAGCUGGCGGCCUCGGAGAGCUGGGACGCCGAACACAAGAACUACGUUAGCUGGGAGCCGCCGGCGGCAGACAUCGCGUCUUUGUACGAGAAGUUGGAAAAGGACGGAGUUAUCGAGCUCCAAAUGAAAUGUCUUCCAAGGAGGGCACCCACUCCCAAACCAGAGGAACCAGACACUAAGGAAGAGGAGAAAGAGGAGGAAAAACCGGAAGAGACACCAAGCAAAAAGCCAGCUGUUCCCUCAUUUGACUUUGACGAGUUUUCCAUGGAGACAACACCUGCCAAGACAUUCACACCAACAAGGAGAACACCAGGAAGUAGACCGACCCCAAGAAGCGGUCAGCGUAGGGUAGCACGAAUGGACAACAUCAUGUCCUCCAUCAUGAGACACCGCAGGCAAGAUCCCGACGACACGCCGGUCAAGCCAUCCACCAGUAAAGACUCUGAGAAAAAAACUGACACCUCUGAAGGGAAAGGAAGUAAAAAAGAAGAACAGAAACAAGAUGAGGGAAAAGAGACAGAAAAGGAAGUGCCCCCAGUAGUUAGUACUGAGAAUGUAAAACAGGAGCCAGUAGAGACAGCCCCUACACCACAGAGGCCUCCUAGUAGGACCAGAUCUAGAAGAACUUGACCAAAUGUUGACUGUUGAGUGACCACUGCUCACCAUUGUAGCACUGUCAUGUGAUGGCAGUAGGCAUAGAAUCCCCUUCUCUUUCGCUGACCUUGUCUGGUCAGUAUAUGUACAAAUGUACAUGUAUCUGUAGAUGCCUAACCAAUAGACCAGUUAGAUACAAAAUAGUUAUAAGGCAUGUAGAUACUUUUCUCCAAUAGGGGAAACGCAGAGCUUAUAAUAAUUAUAGAUAAAGAUGUGUCAAUGCUACUUUUUCUGGAAAAUGAGCGCUAGAUUUUUUUGUAGGUAUGAAAGGGCUUAGAAUAGAGUGGCAAGAGCUCUUUGAAAUUUGAACAUACUUUAAGUUUGUUAGCACCUGUCCUGUUUAUAGCUUUUGACACCAACCCUUCUACAUGUAAUUGUAGAAAGGAAAAAAUCUAAAGGGAGGUGUUUACUGUGUUUGAACUUCGUGAUUGACACACAGUGCAUUACUGAACAAAUGUAAGUGUAGCAAUGUUGCUUUGGAGAGGACCAGAAAUAUUUCAAGAUUCACAAGUGAUGCAUUGUUAUUACUAUUGUUUUGUUGUUGUUGUUUUUUGAGAGAGAGAGCAAAACUGGAUCCAAAAGAGUUAAUACAAUUACUAUUGGACAUACUACACUGAAAGAGAACUGGUUUCAGUUACAACGACUGUAAGUGUAAGCUACAAUGUAAGAUCAGAAUGACCAUAUUGGUAAUCUUGCUGUAUAAUUUGAUAGGUGUCUUUUAAUAUAAGGCUGGCUUGAGGGUCAGGUUAAUGUCUCGGAGUAAUCAGUUUUAGUAAGUUAAUACUUAAGUUGGUACAGUCAGAUUCAUGUUUUCCUCCCAACCCCCUGCUUCCCUGUAGUCCUAUGCUAACUUGUCUGAGAACCAAAGAACUAGAUUGGUGCAGCCUAAUCCAGUCCUGUGACAUCCCCGUGUCUGCCACCAUGCCCACGGAGACUUCCAUCAAUAGCUGAAGCUGCCAAAUGUGAAAAUCACACACCUUGUAAGGAAGAAUCAAUGCAUCUACAGCUCCUAAUGCAGUACCUGUGCCAGCGAGUAAUAAACCACCUGUUGUCAUGCA